AUGACCGAGGCGGCGGCUACCCAACCGCACGUCAACUGGCCCGAAGACCCUGUUUUAAACGAAUAUACCCCGAAAAGCCCUCUGAUGAAGAAGUUAGAACUGCGAGGAUCAUUGCCACCGAGUCCACCACCCCAAAACUCUUUUCCACCACCCUGCUUUGCCACGGACGACGACGACUUCUAUGCCACGCCCAAGGGUCAGAUAUACCCUGGGGAUGCCUUCCUCAUCCAGAAUUUGGACAACAAUCGUAAUGCUUCCAUUGCUCAGAAUGCGGCUGUGGCACCCCUGCCGUCGAUACAUUCAGCAAGUAGUCAAUGCGACAGGGAGCCUCUAUAUCGACGAGAGCCAGCACAACAGACCCCACCUAACGGUUAUUCAAAGCCCAAAGAGCAGCCACCCACAACUCCCCGAAGCCUUGAGCACCUCGCUGCAAACGCGUUAAAAUGUGUAAUAGAACCCCCGGUAAAGCUUGAAUCACCCCUUACCAAGGACAUAUCGAGGUCGACGUUUUAUCUAUCGAUCCACGAUAAAGAGAGCAACCCGGCCAGUUCUGUUCCUAACGGCUUCACGUUUCGGAAAGAGCAUGUCAAGAUUAACAAUCUUUCCUCUCCUCCCGCCAGCUCUACUGCUAAUAGCUUCUCCACGUUUCGGAAUGACAAUAUUUUCUCUCCCCCGGCCAGUUCUACUGCGAACGGCUUCUCGACGUUUCGGAAAGAGCAUGUCAAGAUUGACGAUCUUUCCUCUCCCCCCGCUGAUUCGACCGCCACCAGCUUCUCCACGUUUCGGAAUGACAAUAUUUCCUCCCCCCCAGCCAUUUCUACUGCAAACGGCUUCUCGACGUUUCGGAAAGGACACGUCAAAAUUGACAAUCUUUCCUCUCCCCCAGGCAGUUCUACUGCUAACGGCUUCUCCACGUUUCGGAAUGAACACGUCAAGAUUGACAGUCUUUCCUCUCCCCCGGCCUUAACUCCUGACAGUGCCGGGUUGCCACCGUAUUCUCCAAGGGAUGCUAAUAACAAGCCAACCAUUCCAUCACUCAGAACGACAUUUGGUGACAUUAACUUUUUCUCAGACGAGGAAAGGCGGCAAAAGGAACUCGCUUCGGCCUCAGGCUCGGGCUUCAUGACAUCGCUUCAUCCCUAUCAGAUUCCCGGAUCAGCUAGUCACCACGGCAAGGCUCCAAUUUCCCCCCCUGAUAGCUACCAAGCAUCCCCACAAGCUCUCCUUGCUACGGGUUCAUACUUGGCUCCUACUGUAUCGACGCAUAUUCCGAGACAACUUACUGAGGAGGAGGCUAUUAAGGAACUCAACUUCCGAAAAGCUACCUCAACUAUUUCCAUCCCUGUCCCUCUCUCGCCCUCAUCAAUUCCAACUCACCCACCUCCAACUGAGUCGGUCAUUGCUCCUGCACCUACUUAUGUCUGCACGUUCGCUGGUUGUAAAGCGCCUCCAUUCCAAACGCAAUAUCUUUUAAAUUCUCACGCCAAUGUUCAUUCUUCGGCCCGUCCGCACUACUGCCCGGUUCAAGGAUGUUCUCGAAGCGAGGGGGGGAAAGGUUUCAAGCGAAAGAACGAAAUGAUCAGACAUGGCCUCGUUCACGACUCCCCCGGAUACGUCUGUCCCUUUUGUCCAGACCGUGAUCACAGAUAUCCACGGCCGGAUAAUCUUCAGAGGCACGUCCGUGUACAUCACAGUGACGAGAAUAAGGAUGACCCACGGUUGAGAAAUGUACUUGCCCAACGCGCCGAUGGCCCCAACCGAGGGCGACGAAGACGUGGGAUGCCAUUAUAA